ACUUCACAAGGGCCUGAUGAUACCACAGGAUUAAUAGAAAUUGAUUGUGUUUAUUUUUGUGACCGUCAUUACGUAAGCAUUGGGGAAACAGACCGCCGCUCCUGCAUGAAUGACGGAACUUGGACGCCAUCGAUACCAGUAUGCAAAAGAACAUGCAGAUUGCUUGUGCCGCCGUUGCAGGGCAAAAAUGAUGUGCCCUGAGACGCGUUAUAAUAUUGAGGGCCUAACAUGUACGUUUUCUUGCGAUGAUUCUCUAGUAUUGCGAGGAGAGAGUUCCCCCACUUGCGACAGUGACGGAAGCUGGACAGCAUAUGAACCCACUUGUAUAAAGGAAUGCGAAGUCCCACCACCUGUGUUGAACUCUAAAGUUGAACCAGCAGAUUGUUUAUAUGCGGCAUAUGAAGGAAUGACCUGUACAUACAUUUGUAACGAUGGAUAUCAAGUUGUUGGGCCCAGUUCAAUGACUUGCAACACAGAUGGUUACUGGACACCGGUCAACGUCGUUUGCAUGAAAACGUGCCCAAGGAUCGACGCCAUAUCCAAAGGUAAUAUUAAUCCGGCUACAUGUGAAACGACCGACUCUGUCGCGGGGUCUGCUUGUCAAUUUUCCUGUGAUGUAGGGCACUUACUGAUUGGUGACGAAACUCUCGUUUGUACAGAAAGCGGUGUUUGGAAUAAAGCAAUUCCGAAUUGUUGGGUCAAGACGUGUCAAGAUGUUAAACCAUUGUCCUCCGAAAAUAGUUAUACAUAUUGUUUUCCAGAUGAAUACCCUUCGUAUUGUUCAUUGGUUUGUUUACCUCCUUACCAAAUAAACGGGGCUGCACUUGUGUUCUGUAAUGAAAACGGAGUGUGGUCUGGGGCGAUAGGAACUUGUGAACUUCAUUGUGAUAAGCUACCAAAACCUGCACAUGGUGCUAUAUUGCCACUGGAAUGCACAUUGGAAAGUCGGCCUGUAGCGGAGGAAUGCACUUACACAUGCGAACUCUCAUACACGUUUAAUGUAUAUCCGUCAUCUAUUACCCGCACAUGUGGUGUAGACGGAAAUUGGUUGGGUAGCCCGGUAUCUUGUACACCAACGCGCCAAUAUAUGGUUGUGCUGGAAGAGAACGACAUCAACAAUUGUAUAGGUGUUGUAUAUGGCAGCAUAUACCCGGAAAAAUAUGUGAUUGCUGAAUGUGAUGAAACUGAUCAAAGAUACCUGUGGACUCUCGAAGGUGAACAACAAAUAAUGAAUUCGAAAUUUGGAAAAUGCUUGGCAUUUGAAACGCGAGAACCCUUUUCUCAUUUAUCGCUCUUGCCUUGCAAGGAAUACGAAAACACUCAAACAACAUGGGAGUGGCCCCUUGUUGCUGGCGCUAAUUACACCUUGCGUCUAAAAAAACAUAAGUUUUAUAUUUGGAACGGAUACACAAGCUCACCACGGUUGCUUUCGGAAUCUAUUCCAAGGGUGGGAACUCGUUGGAGGUUGCUUGACAUUAAAUCGAAGAUUACAGUAAGCUUCUUUGGUGCUGUAAACGGUAAUAGAUGUCCACCGUUGCCGAGUUUAUCACAUGGUGAAUGGUCGCCGACAAAUUGUCAGUCACCUGAAGUGGAUCAAGGUACGAGAUGUACGUUCUUUUGCAAUGAAGGAUACGAGGUUUCUAACGGUGAGUCUUCGGCUCAAUGCGGGGGUGGUAUAUGGCAGGGAAACAGUGGACCAAUUUGUAGAAAAUCAUGCUUGGCAUUCCCGUUGUAUUCGUUUCGAAAUGGUUCAGUCACGCCGACACAGUGCCUUUCUGAGCCUUACGUAAAACGUGGAACGGUGUGUUCGUUUAAUUGUGGGGCUGGCUUAUACAUCGAGGGCGAACAAAAUGUUAUGUGUCUUGACGACGGAAGUUGGAGCACUUCUGAACCAACAUGUAUUCACAAAUGUCCGCCAUUUCAAAUCCCAACGCACGGAAGUAGUGACCCAACUAACUUGUGCGAUGACAUAUCUGCAUCAUUGCAUAAGCCGAACACGGUGUGUGCAGUUCGUUGUGAUUAUGGCUACGUUGCUUCCAGUUCGCCAAACCUGUUGUGUAGACACGAUGGUACAUGGAACAACACGCAGCUGACAUGUAAACGAAAAUGUCAGGUCCCUGUAGCGCCCGUAUACGGUACAGUUACAUGCAACAACACAGACCAACAUUUUCCAGAAGGUACAUCAUGUACCUUUCAAUGUGACGGUACCCGAAAGCUAUCGCCAAAAAAUUCGACAUCAAUGUACUGCCUUAACAGUGGUGUCUGGAGUAUUUCUCGACCUGAAUGCCAGAACCCGUGUCCAGUAAUAUCGCCGAUCGCUAACGGAUAUGUUUCACCGCCAUCUUGCCUUGGUCCAGAUCAGCUGUUAAAUGGCCAAGUCUGUUCUUUCAGAUGUGACUACGACUAUACUUUAUCAUCUGUGGCGCCUACGUCAUGCCAGACAACCGGCCAGUGGAGCAAUGUUGUCCCAUAUUGUUACCCGGAUGUUCAUUUCAUUAUGAAACAAGCCGCUACCAAUUCUUGCAUGAUAAUCAAGCACUACGUUCACCACAAUGCUUUCAAGGUGGAAAAAUUGUCUCUGACCGAAUGCAAUAAAACGAACACGCUCCAUAAAUGGUCCCGCACUGCUGCUGGUCAAAUACGGAACGUUGGUACCGGGUGGUGUCUUACAUCAGACAGUUACGGUUUUAUACUUGUAACUGACUGCGACAUAGCGGACAACAAGCAACUUUGGGAGUGCCGAAUUCUUCACGACGGCUUUAAUUUCGUGUCUGUAAUAAAUGCAAAAGCAACAGAGUCUUUAUUACGAACCGGUUCCAGUAAGUCGCUUUCUUUGCAUCUUGAUGUCCCUGACGACUCGUUCACUCAUUAUACCUGGGAAGCAGUUAACUAUGUCGGUGACGAAGGCGCAGUUUGUGGCAUGGCGUCAGGAUUAAAAACAUGUCCACGUUUAAUGCUGUCUUCCGAAUCCACUGUGUCUCCUGCAAGCUGCUAUAACGCACCUUCCGUAAACACUCAGUGCACGAUAACCUGCAACAGCGGGUAUGAAUUGCAAAGCGGUUUGACCAGUAAUAUUGUUCAGUGUCAACAAUACGGAAAGUGGAGCUCACACGAUACAAUAUGCAAAAAGCUAAAGUGUCAAAGUCUCGCAAAUCCAACUGGCGGUGCGAUCCACAAUCCUGAUUGCGCAAAUACGAACACCCCAGCUUGGUCGGAAAUAGAAUGCAAGUUUGUAUGCUACCCAGGCACGGUUUUUGUUACUGAGGGAGUGUCUGAUACUCUCGUCUGCCUUGGUUCUGGUAUGUGGAGUGACGUGGCACCAUCGUGCCUUGCAAUCUGUCCUGCGCUUACUUCUCCAACAAACGGCAAAAUCUUACCAGCUAGAUGCACAGAGACUGCACAAUCAAAAGACGGCGAUGUCUGCACAGUCACAUGUAACACACAUUAUGAGCUUAUUGGAUCUUCGGUAUUGGAAUGUCAAAAUGGAGCCUGGAGUGGUUCUGUACCAACUUGUGAACCAAUGACAGGUCCACGAACUUGUCCUCGGCUACCGUGUUGUAUCUUACAUGGAAUUAUAGGUCCUCUGCAUUGUAGCACUGCCGGAGUGCGUGUCAAUGUAGCUUGCUACGUAGCUUGCAAUUGGCGCGCCAUACCUGACCGGACGCUUCCAGCCUACACAUAUUGUCAAGCAAAUGGGAAAUGGAGCUCAGAGCUACAAAGUUGCAAAACGAAGUGUCCAAGUCUCAUUGCACCUCCGCACUCUACUUUACAGCCAUCGCGUUGUUCAGGAGAUACCAACGUAGAAGGGGAUCAGUGCACAGUUGUGUGUGACAGCAUGUACGGCAUAGCGGGAGACCCUACAUUGGCUUGUUCAAUUAUUGCAGGGACAAUUUCUACAGAAUGGAGCCAACAGGUACCCAUUUGUGUAAAAUCCGUACAGUUUAUAAUACGAGCACAGUUUGCCCCCUCACUGGACCAAGAUAAAUGUCUCUCGGCUCACUUGAAUGGUUUUGUCGUGAGAAGUAUUUGUAACACCUCAAAUUCUUACCAACAGUGGGAAUGGAUGGACGGAGAUAGAAUUCGAAAUGUUGCAACGCAAACGUGCAUGGUACCACAAACUUCUAUCACAUAUUCAUUCGUUGUUUUAAAACCGUGCUUACAACUGGAAUCUCAUUGGAAAUGUAAAUAUUCUUCUACUUUGUACAGUGAGCUGCAAUAUCACGAAUUCAGCCUUGCCAUGGGUCGAGUCGCACAUGCAGAACGAAUUUUCGUUGUAGAUACAACAACAGAGGAACCACAGUGGGCUGAAAACAGAACUACCCUUUUCUUUGCCAGCACUAUGGCACAGGUCGGCACAAUAUGCGCCUUUAGAUCACGUUCUAGCUGCGCGAAACUUCCAUCUAUUCCGAACGGUUACGUUCAAAGUGGGUGCGAACAGACCGAAGACAUCGAGAUUGGAAGUGAAUGUUCUUAUUUCUGCAAUGAUGGUUACACGCUGGUAGGUACGUCGACAAAGGUAUGUGGACCAAAUGGCAUUUGGAAUGACGCUGAAAGUCCAUCCUGUAAAGCUGAAUGUCCACCGGUUCCGUUACCGCAUUACGCAGCUGUGACACCAACAAAAUGCUCUGUGCAAAAUAGUCUUGAGGGCCAAGUGUGCAACUUCAAAUGUUACAACGUACAAGACCAGAUUACUGAUUUACCGGAAAGAAUUUGUGAAAGUAACGGCAAGUGGUCCAGCGAAACGGGCCUUUGUCACCAGGGAUGUCCUAUUUUACGGGUAGAGCCCCCAGCAACAGUUUCUCCACCAUCAUGUAGUAAGACUCCACGAUAUACGGGUGAUGUUUGUACGGUUUCGUGUGCAAGUGGCUAUAUACUGAAAGGUUCUUCAGUUAGAACGUGCACCAGCAGUGGUGUAUUUACCGGCGAAUUCAGUCAUUGUGCACGGUCAUGUCCAGCCCUAUCCACAAACUCCAACGGUCACAUUCUUCCAUUGGAUUGUCUCGGUAAUACCAAGUCCUCGGGGGACAACUGCAUAUACUCAUGUACUCCAGGAUAUAGUAUUGUAGGGGACCGCAUUCGAGCAUGUAAAAGUGAUGGAGUAUGGUCAUCUGAAGCUGCCACUUGCAAAAAAACUUGUCAACCAUUACCUUCGCCUACAAACGGUCGAUUAGUUUGUCCAAAGUCGAUUCAUACUGUCGGGGAUAUUUGUAAGUUAACCUGCGACCUGAACUAUGUAGUGAAUGGCCAGGACAGCUUGCGAACUUGCUUAUCAACUGGACAGUGGAGCGGCACAUCAUCAACAUGCGCACGCGAGCAGCAGUUUAUAUUGUAUCAAAGCAUCCCACCGAACGAGCCCGUAUGUAUGUAUGCGCCAGAGGAUGGCACGGACAAUUCGGCGCUUGCAAUGAAAAAACGUUCGGAGUGUAGCUACCACGACCCAGCAAAUAUGUGGUCUUGGUAUAAAAAACGACUAAUCAGAAACGCAAUGUUAAGAAAGUGUAUAACAGGCCUAUUUUCGGCCCCACCUCCAUACCUGGUACUGCGCACAUGCGAUGAAACGGAUCUCGACCAGCAGUGGGAAUGUGCAGGUCCCGAGCGCACAUGGUUUAUACGACUUAUUAGUCAAGACACACAUCUGCGUGUUUAUAAUCUUUCCCCAUAUCCCAUGUAUAUUUUUUUGUCAUCCAAGCAUAUUCUUCUUUACACAGAAGAUGGUUUAGACUUCACUGCGGAACGAACCGGUGGAAUAACUGCACAUAUCCAAUGGUAUGCUAAUAGCACGAUCAGCGAAAGAGCUUUAGUAUGUACAGCACGGGAAGAAGGGACCUGUCGGGCUAUAGAAGUUGAAGGAUCUGUUCAAAUCAUCCCAUCGCAUUGUAGAACACAAGAAAUUCAAACAGGUGGUGAAUGCUACUUUAGUUGUCCACCUUUAACCAAUCUUGUGCCUUCGGUACAUAAGGUUGUUUGUCUGAAGACUGGUCUCUGGUCCAAUUCCCCACCAGAGUGCCGCCAAACAUGCCCAAUACUUUCUAGUUAUGUAACCGAUCGAAUGCAUGUCACUCCAAGUCAAUGUUCUUCUGAAGUAACAACUCUUACUGAAGGAAACACAUGUCUUUUUUCGUGCCGUUCUGGUAUGAGGUUGGUUGGCCAGGCGAGGCUGACAUGUAAAGGUAAUUUAAAAUGGAACUUUCCUGUCCCAAGAUGCGAAUCUGUUUGUCCUUCGCUAAAUUUACUAGAGCAUGGAAAGAUAACGCCCGAGAUAUGCACAACUCCGGGCACAAGAGUAAGCGAAGGAACUGUCUGUACUUACAGAUGUCUUCAAACUGAGCUUGUUUUAACCACCAUUUCAAGUGGUAGAACAUGUACCAGUGAUGGAAGUUGGAGUGGAAAAAAACCAUACUGUGUUAAGCCAUGUCCGAUUCAUAAUGCCCCAGUAGGCGGAACGGUGAUCCCGUCUCAAUGCGAGGAGACGAUAUCUUUAAAGGAUAUGGUUUGUGCAUUUUCUUGUGAUGAAAAUCUGGUUCAUAUUGGUUCGAAGCACCGUAUUUGUUUGAACAAUGGUUCGUGGUCUGGCGUUAAGCCAGCAUGUAAAAGUACAUGCCCAAGCCUUGAUCAUGUUCCAAAGAACGGAAUUUUAAAGCCUGCAAGCUGUGGAGAACUAAAAUCAGUCAUGGGUGAUAGUUGUUCUUUACUUUGUGAACCAGGCUUUGAUGUUAAAGGCGAAGCAUCGACGACCUGUACCGAGAGCGGAACAUGGUCAGCAGACAUUGGUAGCUGCCUAAGAAAAUGUUCCCGCUUACAAAGUCCAGAUAAUGGUUCAGUAUUGCCACGGACUUGCGAAACUACUACAGAAUUAUAUGAGGGAUAUCGGUGCAGUUAUGAAUGUAUACCUGGGUAUAUAUUAGUCGGCAUAGGUAGGCGUCUCUGCUUAAAUAACGGGAGUUGGAGUGGCAGUCAACCAAGCUGUGUAGGCACUUGCCCGCGAAUACUUGCCGACCCCGCCACCGUUGCUUACGAGCCGAUAUCGUGUACGAUUCAACUAAUGGGUGUUGGUUCAACUUGUACCGCCUAUUGUGACGGCGACCUAAGAGCAGAAUCAGGAGAAUACAUAGAGGAAUAUGUAUGCCAGGAAGAUUUAACCUGGGAUAAAGAUCCAGCUACAAGUUGUUUUGCAUAUUGUGGCACUGCGUCUGGUAUUAACGCCGAUAUAGAUUGCGGAGGCAAAGAGCAUGCAAUCGGAAGAGAGUAUGCAACCGGCCUUUUGGGGUUCAAGGUAGGCACAGUGUGCAAGGUUCUAUGUCAUGAUAGUUAUGUAUUGGGGGAUAAGGAUCCCACUGUGGAUUGCGUCCACACAUAUGGAAAUCCCAGAGAUAUAUUUUGGAGUACUGUAGGUUCCUGCAGGUUCGAACCUGAUCCGUUAAUAAUUGUGAAUCGCGCUUCCAUAAUCGGUACUUGUUUUGGAGUAGAAAACGAAAAAGUUGUUCUUGUUGAGUGGCCUGAAUGUGGCAAUCAACGUCUCUCAACUUUUUGGGUUUGGGAAGGAGCACAUCACUUAAAAAACGCCAAGACAGGUUUAUGUAUAUCGGUCUCGGACCCUGAACCGAAUCUUAUUUUAACCAUGGAAAAAUGCGAUAAAAGCGACCCAAUGCAGAAAUGGGAUUGUGAUGAAAUUGAACCUAUUUUCAUUCACUUAAAAGAUCAUGAUCUGAGAUUUCACGCUGGGAAUGGUGACCAAAAAAAUGUAGUUUUAAAAAGAGGAAGCAGCCUUCACAACCAAUUUUACACGUACAACCCCGAAACGAAAGAAGACAUUGGGACAAUUUGUUCAAGGCGCGAAUAUAUGCAGUGUCCCAAGCUACCCCUAGGCAACCACGCCAACGCUGUGUCUGCAGGAUGUGGCAGCGAGUACGUUCGCAUUGGCACGGAAUGUGAAAUAAAGUGUACCAAUCAAAACAAGACUGCAGUUGUGGUGUGUACACCAACGGGGAUAUGGGAUCCAUUGCCGAGAACAGCGUGUGAACAAAAAUGCAGCAAAUAUGAAUUCUCUGACCAACAUGCAAGGUUUUUAAACCCCGCGUGUCGACUUGAUCGUGUAUUGCCUCACACGAUAUGUACAUUGGCUUGUUCACCUGGGUACGUAUUGACAGGUUCAGUGGCGCAAACAACAUGCUCCCCCCAUAAGGGUUGGACCCACUUGACGGGAUAUGAAUGUAAGAAGUCUUGCCCGGAAAUUGAUGGAACUGAAAAUGGUUACUUAACUCCUCCCAAGUGUAACAUCGGCUCGUGCACUAUACAUUGUAAUUCAGGUUACAAAAUAAGAGGACCGAGUACAAGACAUUGCUCGGAAAGUGGCGUGUGGACUCCUUCUGCAUUUUCCUGCAUACCCGACCUUCAGUUCACAAUUUCUAACAAGAUUCUGUUCAAGGGUCAAAAACUGUGCCUUGAGGCAGUGGCUUCGUCUGUAGCAGUUAUCAAAACUAUAUGCACAGCCGGUAAUACGUUCCAAAUGUGGCGCUGGAAUUCUCACUAUACGUUGGAAAAUAUUGAAACUUCCCGGUGCUUGGCAAUGAACACGUCUGCAAACUUCCAAAAUAUAUACCAGCCUAAAGGACGAUUUUUCGACACAGACGACGAUGUAACAUUUCAAGUUAAUAGGCAUGAAGACAGCAUGGUUGUCACUAAAGAAUGUAAUGUUACAGAUCCUAACCAGCGGUGGACAUGCCAAGCCAGCGGGCUUACGCGAAAUCUGCGUUUGCAAUUAGAGAAUCAAGAUCUGAGUUUGGAUUCCGGACCAAUAUUCCGUUCGCGAUUAGGUCUUCGAAAAGGGAAUUACAAAUCUAUGCAAUGGGAGGGUAACCAUUACACAGGGUCAAGAACGCUGUGUGGCUUUCGCUUUUCGGGAGUUUGUCCACCGCUGAAAGCUCUAUAUGAAGGAACGGUGUCACCACCGGUAUGCAUGUCGGAGUUCGUUGUAGCUGGAACACGAUGCAAAUUUACUUGCAAUCCAAAAUACUCGAUCGAAGGCGAAGACUAUAUUGUGUGUGAAAGUAACGGCCGGUGGUCUAACUUACCACCGAUGUGCCUGGGGACGGAUAAAUGUGCUCCACACACCAUUCCCAUCGAGUUACAUUUAUCACCGGCCGAAUGUUCUGCUCCACGCUUACUGCCCGAGGGUUUGCUGUGUCGGGCGCAGUGUACUGGGGAUCGGGUCCUUCACGGAAAAAGCGAAUUUUUUUGCGGAGCUGCGGGAAUCUGGAGUUCUCCAUUGCCCAAGUGCAACGCGACUUGCGCAGCUCACCACCCACCAAAAAACGGCGAGGUUUAUCCGCCUCUAUGUGAAUUAGAAACCUUACCCGUUAAUACUGUAUGUAAUACCACAUGUAAUAAAGGUUAUCGUUUGCUUGGAGAUGAAACGACAGUGUGUUUGUCUGACGGAACUUGGUCUGGGCAACCAGUUUUGUGCCAAAAAUUUUGCACCCCACAUCCUAGUCUUAACAAUGGAACAGUUAUACCUGAACACUGUACUCUUACAGAAAGCCAAAAUGCUUAUACUUGUUUAUUCCGAUGCAAUUAUGGCUUUGUUUUGGCUGGUUCGCCAAAGUCACGGUGCAGUUACGGGACGUGGUCGACCACUGGACAAAAAUGCGUUAAAGACAGUUGUGACAGAAUACACGACCCCCAGGUUGUGGAAAACACGAUUUAUUCCGGGACGAAGAAUGGAGCAAUAGUAACCAAUACGGUAGUUCAAAUAGUAUGUAGGCCUGGUUAUGAAGUAAAUGGGCCUUCAAAAAAGGUUUGCCUUCCGACUGGUUCAUGGUCGGGCGGUAACGCGACUUGUGAAUUGAUCAAAUGUGGACAUUUAAAUAAGCUCUAUCACGGAAAAGUUACGCCCGAGAUAUGUACACAAACUAGCCCGGGUGUCUUGCCAGGAACAACCUGUUAUUUCGCUUGCAAUGAAGGGUAUCUGUUGGUUGGUAUUUCUUCAGCGCUGUGCCAAGACCACGGCAUCUGGCCCAAAGAUCUGUCCGUUGAGUGCCAAGAUGUACGACAAACCGCAUACCAUGUUACGUUUAUAAUCACGCCGGCUGUACAAUAUGACAUUGUCGAAAGAUGUAUCGAAGCAACAAAAAGUGACCAGAUGUGUGAACUAAAUCCCUGUGUUGGGAAUAACCCGUAUCAGACGUGGCGAUGGUAUGGCAGCCAGCGCGUGCAGAACGUGGCGAGUCAGGAAUGUCUCGUUAUGUCGGAUAGUAAUAUUUUGUCAAUGGCAGAAUGCGAUGUAGGAGACGAGAAACAGAUAAUUCAAUGCGACAAGAUUGGAGCACCAGAAGCAAGGUUACGAGUUAUGGUUGCCGGAUUGUAUCUUUCCGACAGUCUUGAGGGCUUAGAGUACAUAAUAAAUGAAGAAUUGAGCUGGUGGACUGGGUAUGAAGUCGACUUCACACCUACGAGAGCUGUGACUGCCGCGGGAAUGAUAAAACGAAGUAGACAAGGCCCAAUAUGUAGUUAUAUGUGUGGUGGUUUGUUUACGACAGAAGAAGGCGAUAUCUCAUCUCCAAGUUAUCCAAACAAAUACCCAACUAACGUACAUUGUCAGUGGAUCAUACAAAGUAGUCACGAAGACGACUUAAUACAAGUUGACUUUUCUAGAAUAGCUCUUCAGCAAACAGAGGAAAAAGAGACAGUAAUGGGUUGUCCACAAGACUACGUACGGGUGCGCAGUGGUUCAAUUUUCACACAAUCAACGACAGAUGUAAAACUGGUCUGCGUUUCCGAGGGCAAAUUUAGAAUUCAAUCCAAACAGAAAGCAGUUCACGUUGAUUUUCAUUCAAACAAUGUUCAAGUAGCUGGUGGCUUUACCGCACACUGGAGCAUAACUCGAAUAAUUGAACCUCCCAAAAAGUGUGGUUUCAGCGACCAACCUUUUAAGUUACGGACUGGGAAACUGGCGACAAGCUCUCUCUGGCAAGCCGCGGUUAGUUACCGCUCCCGAUACUUUUGCAAUGCGGCCAUAAUCAGCGAACGCUUCGUUCUCACCACCUACAAAUGCGUGUCUUAUAUGAGAGGUGACCCUCCAAAAUCCAUCGAUGAACUAAGGGUAAUAUACGGACUUUCAACUCAGCGUGAGCUUUUAAAACGCCUUGACAGCAAAACAUUUACAGAAGUCCAGCAUAUAUUUUCAAACGGAACUGUCCAUGAUGUUUGUUUGGUCAUGACAAAAACUAAAAUAUUGUUUUCUGAUCAAAUUCAACCGAUCUGUCUGGAAGAAAUAAAAGCUGGUACUAUAGUUGUUCCUGAGGAGUCCGAAUGUUGGGCCACGAAGUGGAGCUUAGACAUGUUUACUAACAUAAUGUCACACUGGAGGUUUACAGGGUUCGCAAAACUUAGAGUGAUUUCAAAUGAAGUCUGUUUUGAACGGUACCGAGAUACUUUCCGUUUUGUGGACAAAGAAAGGCGGCAUAUAAGUAUUUGUUUGGCACACGAAACAAACUCAGGAAACAGCACAAUUCCAGUUGGUUCGCUUAUGGAUCUGCUGCGGCAAAAUAAUAACUUCAUAGUUCAAUGUCGCAGUAACAACCAUUGGUAUGUAGUUGGAACAUCAAUGGCUUUCUUAUCAGGUGAUGCAAUCCUGGUCACCAGAAUAUUCCAUUACAAUGAGUGGAUUUCAAGUACAAUGGAAAAUGCGGACAUUUUAUUUCGUGAAAGUGCUUUGAAAUACAACACAAACUGA